AUGAAGAAGGAAGGACAGCAAAGCAAAGACGAGCAGAUAGACGAAAGUGUCCUCAAGAAAUAUGACAUCGUGAGGAAAAUAGGAAAAGGAGCCUACGGGAUAGUGUACAAGGCCAAGUGUAAAAGGAAUCGAAAAAUUGUGGCGGUGAAGAAGAUUUUUGGUGCAUUCCAGAAUUCUACGGAUGCGCAGAGGACAUUCCGAGAGAUUAUGUUCCUCUACCAACUGAAUGGACAUGACAACAUCAUCACACUGAUGGACGUGAUAAACGCAAAGAAUGACAAUGAUAUUUAUUUGGUCUUCGAUUAUAUGGAGACCGAUUUACACGAAGUGAUAAAAGCAGAUCUGCUGGAAGAAAUCCACAAAAGAUAUAUCAUUUAUCAGCUCUUGAGAGCACUCAAGUAUAUUCACUCAGGGAUGCUUCUCCAUCGGGAUAUAAAACCAUCAAAUAUAUUACUUAACUCCGAAUGUCAUAUCAAAGUGGGAGAUUUCGGAUUGGCGAGAAGCAUAUCGACAGAGCUAAGUGAGAAUAAGAUUCCUGUCCUAACCGAUUAUGUCGCUACGAGGUGGUAUAGAGCUCCAGAAAUUCUGUUGGGGAGUACCAACUACACUGAAGGGGUCGAUAUGUGGUCUCUUGGUUGCAUCAUGGCGGAGCUUCUACUCGGGAGACCUCUCUUUAGGGGAAACUCUACGAUGAACCAACUAGAGAAAAUCAUCCAAGUGAUCGGCAAACCGACGAAAAAGGAUAUGGAAGAUAUCAAAUCCCCCUUUACAGACACGAUUAUUUCCUCCUUUGUUGAUAUUAAGAGGAAGAAUUUUUCUGAGAUUUUUUCGAAAGCUUCCGUGGAGGCACUCGACCUUCUGAAACAACUCCUCCAGUUCAAUCCCACCAAAAGGAUCAGCGCAGAGAAUGCUCUGAAACACAAGUACGUGGAGCAAUUCCAUUCCAUUAUUGACGAACCUGUUUGCAGACACAUCAUUACCAUACCUGUAGACGACAGCACUAAAUACCGAGUCAAUUUCUACCGAAAUAUAGUCUACUAUGACAUCAUGCGCAGGAAGAAGUACCACCCUGGUGGGCGCAGCUUCGAGGGGGGUAGAGAAGCGGCGAUCGCUGACGCGGCAGAUACUCCUUUGGGCCGCGGCAUCACUCGUGGCGAGUCCAGGGAAUCCCCCCGUGAGGAGGACCAAGAGAGGGAGGCGCUUCCCCCCCCUGGGAGCACCAGCAAGGGGAAGCCACCUUCAACCGCAGCGCCCAAAAGGGACGAAGGCGCGACGAGGGUCACCCCGCACAGCGGAAGAUGUGCCCCCAAAAUGAGGAGCACGCAAAGUAUACACCACGCAAGAAGUGGCAACAAUGAGGACGCCAGCCCCACCACAGAGACGAUCCACAAUAACAAAUCGGUCAAGCGUCAGCCUAAGAGGAGCGGAAACAGAGAGUUCCCCGCGGAGAGGCACAACGGGAAUGCAACUGGGCACCCGAAUGAGAAACAUUACUAUGAGGUCGAUGGUGAGGGCAAAACGGGUAGGGGACCCCACGGUUAUCAUUGCAAAGAGAUGAGAUGCCCGCAAGUGGAAAGUAGGGAAGGUAUGACCAGGGCGUCUAACGAGGACGCGGCGGGGAAGCUCCACAAAUGGUCCAAUGAGAAGGGAAAAGCCGUCGCUUCAGCGGUUUCUGUCCGUGUGACCAGAAGGAACGAUAAGAGCGAAAGUACGGGGGAAAGAAGGGUCGACGGGAACACUGCCAGCGUAAUGAGGGCAGAUCCCAUGGUCGGGCGAGCAGACAGACCCGUGGACAGCCGCGUAGACAUUCGCGCAGACAAAAUGGUGAGAAACCACCUGGUCAGCGCGGCCGACGUGAAGGCGAUAAAACCGGAACAUCCCAGAAUGCAGCCCCUUGCACCCCCGAGGAAGGAAACGGUCAAGUGGAGGAAGCGAGGGGGUGACGCGAGUAAAACGUCGAGACGUAUUGACUUCUGCGGGGCCCCCUGCCACGACGUCACAGGUGAAAGAGAAGCGCUCCAAAAACUUAGUGCUCCAACUGCAGAAAAGAAGAAUUUAAAAAAGUGA